CGAACACCGUCUCUCGAAAAUGGAGUCGGCGAGAUCAUCCAUACAGUCAAUGCUUCCGGCCAUCGCGAUCAAUUGCAACGGCACUAUGGUCCUCUGCAAAUCUGUGGUCUGGCCUUGAAUAUCGACUCUGCCUGGGUAGCCUUUGCUGGCUCUCUGAUUCUUGCUCUUCCUAACGGCGGGCCUGCCGGUGUCCUUUACGAAUUGAUCACCGCCUGCAUUUACUAUGGUAUCAUCGCAGCAUCCAUCGCGGAGCUGACCGACUCUAGCNUUGCAUCAGCUAUACCUACCGCCGGUGGUGUGUAUCACUGGGCUUCCGUCACUGCAGGUCCAAAAUGGGGCAGGAGCGUUGGAUUCUUCGCUGNNGCGAUUCCAUCGAAUGUCCUUCUACAAAUGUGGAGUUUGUUCCAUCCUGACUUCGUCCUCGAGGCCUGGCAUACCUAUCUGACAUAUGUUCUCAUCACAUGGUUCUGUGUGUUGUUCUGCAUAUUCGGCAAUCGAUUCCUGCCGCUCCUACAAAACGUCGGACUGGUCUUGCUUGUCAUCGGAGGCGUUGUUACCAUAAUCGUGUUGGCUGCGACGCCAAAUACACAUGCCAGUAGUUCCUUCGUCUGGUCUGAUUGGCAGAACACCACCGGCUGGGGUGGCGGAGUAGCAUUCUUGACUGGUGUCUUGAACGGGUCGUUCACAAUCGCCACAGUGGACAGCGUUUCUCAUAUGGCGGAAGAACUUCCGAAUCCUCGCCGUGAUAUUCCUCGAGCCAUAUUUGCACAAGUCUCUCUUGGUGCCAUCACCGCAUUUUUGUACGCCAUAGCGCUCUUCUACGCCGUCAGCGAUCUAGAUCAAGUUAUCAACACCUCCGGCUCUUUCCCUGUGGCCAUCAUCUAUCGUCAGGCGACCGGAAAUGCUGGCGGAGCGUUCUGUCUGUUGCUUAUCAUUUUCUUCAUCAUCAUGAUUUGCGCCGUAUCGACUGUACUUUCGCUUGGUCGCACCUGGUGGGCACUUGCCCGUGAUCGCUUCACACCCUUCGGCGGCUUCUUCUCUUCGGUCAACGAGCGGCUUUCCUGCCCGAUUCCUGCUACUAUUUUUGUGGGCUUGCUUGUCACAGGCCUUGGUGCCAUAAUUCUCGCCUCUGGCACCGCUUUCAACGAUCUCGUCGGUAGUUUCCUGGUCCUUUGUGCAUUCUCUUACCUUCUGGCCAUCUUCCCUCACCUCCUGAGCGGCCGCAAGAAUACUCCCAAGGGCGAUUUUUGGAUGGGCAAGUAUGGCUUUGUGGUCAACGCCCUUGGCUGUGUUUUGAUUGUCUUCUUCAACAUCAUGUUCUGCUUCCCUUACGCAAUGCCGGUUUCAGCUGAUUNNUUGAUCAUCCUCAUUAUUACUUUUUGGUGGCUUGUCUACGGGUUGAAGCACUACCCUGCUCCAAAAGUACUCGGUGGGGCGAUGAAG